AUGAGCGCCGAUCCCAUCGCCGCGGCCGCCGCCAUGGACAAGGCCCGGCGCUUGUGUCGCGCCGUGGUGCACAGCCUCCUGGAGGCAGUGGUCUUGGAGCCGGCUCUCGCGCCUGCCGACCUGCACCCGGCUGUCCGGCGCUGGACCGAGCCCGGCCCCCUGGCGGAUCUCCUGUCGUCAUUGGCACUGCAGCUCCUGCCGCCGGCCGGCUCCGGUGCCCGGAGGCAAGCUUGGCCCCUUGCCGAUGAGGACCGUGUCCUGGAAGCAUGCCAGCUUUUGGGGGCGCUGUUCACCUGCGCCGGGUAUUCGGACAUGCGUGCCGGGCUUCCCACCGCCCGGCAGCUGCUGCUCCGGUGCGCGCGGCCUUCCUCGGCCACCGGCCCGGCCGCCCUGCCGCCACUGUCUGGGCUCUUUGAUGUGGACGAGCUGGCCCUCGACGCGACCGGCGCCCGGGCCGGCGCGGGUCCGGCUGCCGACCCAUUUGCCGCGGCCCUCGCCCGGUCUCGGCGCGACGUCAGUCACCUUAACGGAUACCGGCCCCGAGACCCGGGGGCUUCUGCCCUCCCGGUCCCGGUGGCCGAGGCCCUUCUGCGCGAGUCCCUGGCCACCGCCCUGCCCAAAGCGCCCCCCUCCGCCGCCUCCGCCGCCGCCGCCGCCGCCGCCGCCGCCGCCGCCGCCGCCGCCGCCGCCACCACCCCCACCACAAUCCCUGAUGCCAGUGGGGAAGAUACCCCGGAUCCGCUGUGGAUGGCACUGUCGUUGUGCCUCUCGAACUUGCUGGAUCUGGUGUGCCUGCACCCGGAAGAGGCGGCCGUGCAGCCGCGCGCCAUUCGCCGCGCGGCCGGCCGCGCCCUCAGCCGCUGGGUGGCCCUUGUGGUGGCCGUCUGCCCGGGGGAUGGCGCUGCCCCGGCGGCCGCCCUGCGGCCCGUCCUGCCGGGGAUCAGCUCGACCCUGGCGCGGCUACUGGCUCCCGGGCCGGGGGACAACCUGGCCCCCCCGGCCCCGGGCCUGGCCGGCAGCGCCCUCCUGACCUUGGGCACCGCCUGGCUGGUGAGCUUCUCCCGGGGGAUUGUCCCCGAUGCCGAUGACCCGGCCGAGGCCCAGCAACGCGCCGCCCGGGUGGCCGACACCGUGCGUCGGCCCUUCACCAGCCCCACCCUCACCGGGGUGUUGAAUGCCACCGGCCAGGGGGGCCUGGACGCGGGGGUCCUCGGCCGCCUGCCCGGCACCGGGGCGGCCCGGCCAGACACGGCGGUGGAGGUGCUCGCCUCGUCGGACGUGGGCCCGGCCGACGAGGCGACCCCCCCGGCCGAUCCCCGGCCCGGCGAUGGUGCCCGGCUGCCGGUUGAUCCGACCCUCUCGCGGCUGAUGCUCUCCCUCAGCCUGGGGCUGCUGGGCACCGAUCCAGCACUGUCCAGUGCCGUGGCGGCCGAUUGCGUGUUCUUCCUGUUGAGUUCCUUCGAGGCGGAGCGCCACCUGGCGCAAGCCCUCAGCCCCGCCGGCAGUGCAUACCCCCCGGACCCCACGCAGCACGGCAUGGGGUCUCUCGAUGUCCAGGCGGCCGGGACCCUCGAUUCGGCGGCCGCACUCAGCCAACUCCGAGACCGCCUCUGGGGCGCGGUGUCCCCCUCCAAUGCCGAGGACAUCCUCUUCCUUCGCCCUGGUGCCGCCACCGGCGCGGCCUCCCUCUCGGCCGCGGCUUCCUCGCCGCAGGACCGCCUCCGCCAGCUGAAACUCCGGGCCCAGGGGGGAGCGCUCGUGCCGCCGGCCGCCGCUGCCGCCGGCGACCCGGCCGUCGCACCCCUUCGCACCAUGGUGGCCGGUCUGCUGGAUGCCGGCCUGGCCCUUGUAUUGGACUCGCGGGCGGGCCAGUUUGGCGCCGGGACCGGGGCCGGGCCCCCCGCCCCGGCCCCCGGCGACCUGGGCGUCCUCCUUCGGCGGCGCGCCGACUCCCUGGCCCUGGCCCGGCUGGUGGCCGGUGCCCUGUUGGUUUGCCCGACCGGCGGCCUGCCUGGCACCGAUGGGCUCCUGGAUGUGGGCCCCCGGGCGCCGGCUCUCAUGGCGGCCGGCAGCAUGCUGCUUGGCGAGGCGCUCCAAGCCCCGGGGGCCGAGGCGGCUCUCGGCCGGCAUGGCGGCCCCCAGCCCGCCCAGGUGCCUCCCACCUGGGAGUCCGUCGGGCAGUCGCUCGGUCGGGUGGCCGGGCUCCUGCCGUCGGCCGGCCGGGCAACCCUCGCCUCGGCAGCCAUCCUCGGGGCCCAAGACCCGGCCUCGGUGCGCGGUCUCAUCCAAGCCGGCAUGUACUUCGCCGAGGAGUGCUUGUCGGCUGGCGGCGCGACCGGCGGCGGCACGCCGGCUGGGCUCCUGCCGCUGGCCGGGUUCGGCCUCUUCGCCGGGCAGGUUCUCUGGUCGGCGGCCGGGCCUCUGCGCCUGGGCGCCCCGAUGGCCAUCGGCGGUGGCGACGGCCCCGCGGCCACCCUGCAGACGGUGGCCGAGUUUGCCCUUGGCCUGGUUGCGUCUGCUCUGGCGUGGGUGGGUGCCUUGGCGCCGGGGCUGACGCCGAGCACGGCGGCCCCCAGCCGCUGGGCCGUUUUUGCCCUGCUCCACCUGUGCCAUACGGCCGGUAGCCUGCUGCACCUGGCCAUGGGCCCGGGGCCGGCCGAGGGGGCCAGCCAAAGUGCUCCCCACCUUCGACGCCUGGUUCUCGAGCGCCUGGCCGGCCUCUGGCGCGACCAGGCCUUCCCGCUGCUGUUGCUCUCCGGCAGCCUGGCCGCGACGCCGGUGGCCGACGGGGCCCCGGCCUUCGGGCACUUGCUGCUCGGCCCCAGCCCGGGGGCCAGCCCCUCGGCGCCCGGGCCCGGGCCCGGGCCCGAUGCCGAUCCCCUGACGCGGGCCAUCCGAACGGGGGCCACGGAUUGCAUUGGGCUCUUCUCGCUGCUGUUGCUGGGGCCCCAGCCGGCCGACGGGGCGGCCGGCGUCGCCUCCUCGCUUGCCUAUGGCCCCCCCUCUGGGGGUCUUGUUGGGGCCCACUCGGCCGGUGCCCUGGUGUCGGGGCUGCUGGCCCGGUCGGCCGAUCAGAUUUCCCAUUUGGUUUGGCAGCAGCUGGGCCAGGCGUCAACGCAGGUGGCGGCGCUCUUGGCGUCCAGCGGGGCCCCGGCCGGUGCCGCCGAGGCCCCGGCUCUGGAGCGUGCCCUGGUUCAGUCGACCACCGGCGCCUGCGGGCUCCUGUCGGCCAUGCUGCACCUGAACCGGCAGGUGUUUGACGCCCAGCCGGCGGGGCUCAGCCCGGGCGGCCCGCAGCGCCUGGCUGUCCUUGCCCUUUUGCGGGAUUCGGUCUCGCGUCUGGUCGACGUGCUGGAUGCCGCGCUCCACAUUGCUCAUGGUGCCGGCUCCAGCCCCGGGAAUAUGGUUGCCCUGCUGAGCACCUUGACAUCGGUUCUUCUUCAGUAUGCCUGCGCCAUCGAGCGCGCCUGCGAAGAGUACAUUGUCAUGCCACCGGCAGCGGGAGCGCCCCCCGCAUUGUGCCCCUCAUCCGGUGAGGGAGGUUCACUCCCCGGGCUUGAGCCGGCCUUCGCCGAGUGGCUGCGCACCCGGCGUCAGCUCGCCGCGGACCGGGGUGCCGCCGAGUCGGCCGCCACCGCUGCCACAGCUCCGGCUGGUCCCGAGCCCGAGCAUCGGCCACCCCUCAGUGUGGAUGAUUUCUUCGCGGACCCCCCCGCCUCCGAGGGCGCCGAUGAAGACCCGGCCACAUGCCAGCAGUCCGACGAGGCUGCCGAGUCGGAGGACGCCCCGGUCGACGGGCUGCCCAGCUACCUGUCCUCGCAUCGGCUGCUGCUUGCGCGCAUUGUCCGGCGGUACUGCCGGGUGGCCCAAGUGAGCGACCACUGGCCGGUCCGUGUGUUUGCCCUGCGCGUGGUGCGCUUCUGUCUGGGAGACCUGGCCCUCCUGCGCCACACGCCCGGGGUGCUGGCUUUCGUGCAUGAUGCCGUUUGGCCGGCCGUGCUGGGGUCCUUCGCGGCGCUGGAUGUGGCCCUCGGCCACGGGGAGGAUGUGGACGCCCUGCUGGAGAGUGCCAUCGAGGGGGUGGCCUUGCUGUGUGCGCUGCUCCGCCGGCCGGGGCCCGAUGGCCGGGAGGCCCUUGGCCCGGGGGCUUCUCGCCGGACCGGGGACCUGCCGCACGAUUUGGCCGCCUUCCUCCGGCCGCGGAUACUGGAUGAGGUCCUGCGGCCGUUGGUGGUCCGGGUCCGGCGGGUGCUGCUGCCCCUGCUGGAUGCCGGGUCCGAGGGGGAUCGUUUCCGCGCGGCGGCCCGGCUGGCCGACCGGUGCAUCCAGCUGGUGGACCUGCUCUUUGUGGCCGACGGGCCGCCCAGCGAUCCGGGCACCGUGGGCGAUGUGGUCGGCCUGCUGGCCAUGUGCACGCACCGGACCCGGGCACCGGAGUCCCUGCGCCGCCAAGCACUGGCGACUCUGGUGGGCCGGGUGCGCCCGGGAGCCGCCGCCGGCUCGCCCGCGGCGCCCCUCUGGUCGUAUCGUGAGGCCAUCCGUGCGCGGUAUGGCGGCCAGGGGGUCGGCGUGGUGGCCGGGCCGCGGGAUCCCUGGUGGCCGGGCGCCCCCUCAUCGACGGCCCAAUUGUCGGGCCUGGCCCAAUCCAACCCCACUUCGGUCUUCACCACCCUCCGGCUGUUGGCCCUGGCGGAGUAUGUCCGGGGCGCGGCGCGGCAGACCCUGCGGGCCAUGGGGCCCGAGGUGGAGCCCAGCCAGCGCCAGCUGCUUGAGCACUAUGCGGCGGAGGCCCAGCCGGAUGCGGCCAAGGCGGCGCGCGUGCGUUUGCUCCAGGCCGGCCCGGCGGCAACGGCCGCACGGGCCGCCGAGAUGCCAUCCCAAGUGGCGAUGGUGUCCUCGACAUGCUCCACGGCCGCUGUCCAGGCGGGGGCCCCGGCUGGUGCCGAGGCCGGGGCCCUGCUUCCGGUCGCCACGGCGGCAUUCCUUCGGCCGGACCUUGCUGGGGGGGCGACCGAGUCGGCCCGUCGGGCGGCCACGCGCCUUGGCAUUCAGCCGGUCCCGGUGCCGGUGCUGCCGAGCGAGCGGGCCUCGCUCUUUGCCACCGACAUCGCCAUUGACCAGCUGGACCUUGCGGCGUACAUCCUCUAGAGAGCCAUGCCUUCCCUCGCGAAGGGGAGGGGGAUCCAAUAGAUCAUGCGUGCACCGA